GGAGGCAGGGAAAGGGAAAGGGGGCGCGACCCAUGAGAGAGAGAGAGAGAGACACAGAGACAGAGAGAGAUUGAGGGACUAAAAUGGAGCCCCGUCGGAGAAAGCCCCAAGACAGAGCCCAAUCUCGGGGGGCGCCCCCUCCAAAGCCUCCCCAAAAGCGGGUGUGAGGCGGCUGCCUCAUGCCAUGGAGAGCCGGGGGGGCUUCGCUGUGCUGGGCCUGGGGCAGCAAGUGGUGCCUCCCUUCUGUCAGGAGCAGAAGCCGGAGGAAGAGGAGGACGAGGAGGACGUUUUCUCCUGGCCAGGAGAGGGAAGGAGGGGCAGCCUCGGCAGCCAUGAGGGAGAGGGACAGGAGGAGACAGUGGCGCCGUCGGGGGUCAUAGAAGCAGCAGCAGGAGGAGAGUGCUUUCCUUCGGAGGACAUCGAAGAGGAGGAAGGGGGGAAGGAGGCGGCUUUGCUGGAGCUGCGGCGCCGCCGAGGGCGCUCCUUCUCCCUCCCCUCCAGCCCCAGCUUGGCCCGGGUUUUCCCGGACGUCGGAGCCGAGGACGAGGAGGAGGAGGAGGCGGCCUCCCCAUCGUGCUGCACCAAGUGCAAGAAGCGCGUUCAGUUCGCGGACUCCCUGGGGCUGUGCCUGGCCUCCGUGAAGCACUUCAGCGCCGCCGAGGAGCCCCAGGUGCCCCCCUCCGUCCUCAGCCGCCUCCAGAGCUUCCCCAUCAGGAAGAAGGACUUAGAGGGCUUCGGCGGCGCCGUCUGGGCCGGACUCGGAGGAGGAGGAGGAGGCGGGGGCUGCCUGGCCUUCUCCGCUGCUGCUGCGCCUCCUCCCCCUCGAAUGGCGGCGCCCUCGACGGUCAUGGCGCCCUCCUCCUCCUCCUCGCAAACUCCCCUCCGGCUGCAGCCAAGGCCUGAGGGGGCGGUGGAGGAAGCGAUGCCUCGGGUGUCCCUGGAGGAGGUCUCGGGGGCGGCGGUGUCCGGGGCGCCCUGCGACGUCAGGGGGGUGGUCCGGGUGCAGAGGUGCCCUGGCCCCAAGGAGGUGACGGUGAGGUACACCUUCAACGAGUGGCUCUCCUUCCUCGACGCCAACGCCACGCCCGCAGCAAGCGACGACGACGACGACGACAGCAAGGCCCCUGCUGCCUCCCCCUCAGAGCGGUACCAGUUCGCCCUCUGCCUCCCGCCGGGCCUGGACCGAGGCACCGCCGUCCACUUCGCCAUCUGCUACCGCAGCCAGCAGGGAGAGUUCUGGGACAACAACGGAGGGGCCAACUACACCCUCAGAAGCGCCCAGGAGGGGCCCCAGGGCUGACAGGAGAGACCCUCCACAAAAUGGUGGCCAAGGAGGAAGAAGAAGGGGGCACCACAAAAUGGACGGCCCUCAAGAAGAAGUCCUUUUUAAUGGAGGUUUUUGGGGCCCCAUGGCCCCGUUCUAGAAGAGUCCGUUAUGGUCAACCUUAAGCAAAAGUCACACUGAAGGACCUGGAGGGAAGGCUCCACUAGGCCUUUGUAGCUCCUCCAGCACAACUCUAUGGUCAAUGUUUGGCAGAUGUUGACCACAGAGUUGCACUGGAGGACCUAGAAGUUC